UCUAAAAAUGUAAAGUUAUAAAUGUUAUAAAAAUUGUAUAAGUAUUAAAUAAAAAAUACUAAAAAAAUCUAAAUUCCCCGUUAGGUAUGUUUCCCAUAGAGAAUGCCUGUGUGUUCCGUUCGCAAGUUUUCAAAAGUCAGCCGCGAUGGGUCCUCUCUCUCAUAUUAUCAGUGAGCCUCCUCUUCAUAGUCGCCGUGGCAGUAGCAACAGGCAUUCUCAUCGGCUACGCCUUCUGUUACUUGAUCAAUCAUCUUGGAUAUGAAACCGCGAGUCAGCCUUACACCCCGACGAUGGAAUCUAACGAAGCCCGCAACAGAACUAUCAACGCUGCCAUCUCGAAUGUUUUGGUGCCAAAAAUUGUGAAUAUGGCGCAUGUGCUCUGGAAAAACAAUACAAAAAACGUACCUUUGACUCAAUAAAGCAAUGUUAUGUA